AUGACUAUCUACGAAGAAGACGACUCAUCAAACAGCUUCGAUGGCGAAGCUGAGUAUACCCAACAGCAAGACGAUGGCGAGGAAAACGGUCUGCUCCCCUCCAACGGUAGACACGGCUCGACCAAGAGGCCUACGAAUUCGUGGUUCUCCAGCAGGUUGCAGAUCGGUCUCAUCGCACUGAACAGCUUCUUCCUGAUCUUAAAUAUAGUAGCCUGGAGUGCUUUGGGUAUGGCUUCAAAUUCGCAGGAUACAAAGCUAUUAUCUUGUUUGGUAGACUCCCAGGUUCUUCCGCCGAGCCCGGCAACAGAGGCAGUUCAGUAUGAGCUUCGUCGGUUCACGGGGGUAGGAGCUCAUGAAUCUGAGUUCGUCGGCCCAGCAAGUGACAAGAUGGACAGUAAAUGGGACCACCUAAUUGACAAUGGCAAGUGGUUUGCUAUUGCCCGCGACAUGUUCGUCAAGGUCAAUGGAAAUCUUGAUACGGGACUACGAAUCCCAGAUGACCCCGAGGGCCGCUUUUUCGGCAUGCUCCAAGUUAAUCAUCAACUUCACUGCGUAGACAUUCUGCGCCGCUCAACAUGGUUCAACAUCAAGCGCUAUAGAAACAGGGAUCAUUUCAGCAAUAUGACUGAUGAAGAUGUCAUUAUACAUGCGAACCAUUGCGUAGAGAUUUUGAGGCAAAGCCUUCAAUGCCAUGGGGACACUGCCAUGCUCACAUUCAACUGGGUUCACGGUCAUGACUGGCCACAAUCGGCGUGGAGGUCGCUGCACAGCUGCCAGAACUGGGACGCUCUGAACGAGUGGAGGGCGGAGAAUGACAUCAGCCAUCUCGUCACGCACCUAGAACGGCCUUCUUGGGUAUUGGAUCCGAAUGCCGAAGCACCUGGGCACAGAGGUGCUGCUGAAGCUGUUGAUCCAAUCGUUUGCAGAGACUUGGAGUGCGAUCCCUGA